AUGUACGGUGCCGUGGCGUUCGUGCUCGUGCUCGCCGUGGCGCACGCGGCGUUGUGCUGCAGCUGGGGCCGGCCCAGGCGCGAGGAGCAGCUGGCCACCUCCGGCGAGCACCCGUGGGGCAAGAAGGAGCAGCCCCCCGGCGGCCCCGGCGCCGCGGAGGUGCGCAGGCCGAGGCUGCCCGACCUCGCGCCCCGGGCCAAGAAGCUGUCGCGCCCGGGCUCGCCCGCCAGCCCGGGGAGCAGCGGCCUGCUCUCCGCGGCCGCGGACGGCGCCGCCGACGCUGCGCCCCCGCCGGCGCUGCCCGAGAGCUGUAGGUUCCAGUGCGCGCUCUACAUCCCGAGGCUCGUGUGCCACAGGAGGCAGAACCUGACGGUGAGCAUAAACAGGCUAGCGAUGCCGGGCGGAACGGCGCUCUACAAGGCCCACGUGGCGGAGGGCGACUCGGCGGACACCUCGGGAGCGGGCAUCCACCUUGAGAUGCUCGGCGCCGCGCAGGAGUUCACCUUCCUGUCCACGGACGACGUGUGGGCCAGCCAGGGGAAGCGCCAGCCCGAGAUGGAGAUCGCAAGGGCCUCCGGGGCCAAGUAUGCGACCAUGAAGAAGACGGACCCCUCCACCUACACCAUGGCGCGCGGGACGGAUGCGCUGAUGGUCUUCAGCGGCCACUUCUCGAGGCAUGAGCUGCAGGUGCGCUCCGCCACGGGCCAAACGCUUGCCAGAGUGAGCCCCGGCAGCAUCGGGGACAAGUACGAAGCGGUCGUGUACACGAGCACGGAUGUCAGCCUGGUCAUUCUCGGCCUGCUCGCCAUCGACAAAGUGGAGGUUUCGCCCAGCUAG